AUGUCCAGUAGUUGAGGGGGUGAUUGCUAAGUUAGCUGCUCUACCUGUUGUGAAGAAGAGAUGUUGGAUAGUGAGUUUGUCAGUGACGAGCUGGAGAAUGCUGUUCGAGCUGUGCUUAUGAACCUGGACAAUCUUCAGCCAUUUACCACCCAGCAUUUCAACAUCUUCCCUUAUAAGAGUAGGUGGGAGCGUGUGUCAGAGUUGAGGUUCAAGAAGGGAGACAUGAAGCUUUCGGCUUACCCUUUCCUCCUCACACUUUAUGUGGAGACAACUGAGCCAGUCCCUCAGCACACAGCGAAUCACGCAAAUGAACGGAUCCCUCCAGAUAGAGAGUCUAUACUGGACAGUCCACAUUUUCCUCCAAUCCCACUAAGUGAACCCAAGUACAGGACAACAGAACAGGCACAAGAGGGUGCUCUGAGCCAGGUCAACUAUCACAACAUGGCAGAAUCACACCGUCCUGCAUAUUUCCAAGAGCCCCCUUACCUGGCUGAUGGUGGAGAAGGGAUGGUUUGUGGCAAAGAGGCCACUGACUCCAUGGCUAAACAAGUGACCCCUGACAUGCUUGUGCUCUUGCUGCCCAUACUGCUGCUGAUGCUGUUGAUACCAUUUAGCUGGAGCUCUGAAGGGCUGAGCCCAGGCUGCCACCUUUAUCCAUUUAACGUGACCAUCCGAAGUGACCGGCGGGGAACCUGUCGAGGAGCCCAUGUGGUUUAUGCUUGUGUAGGCUACUGUGAGUCCAGUGCUUUCCCCUCACGCUACUCUGUCCUGCUGGCCUCCAACUUCACACACAACAUCACUUCUGCCUCUCGCUGCUGCACCAUCAGCAAGGUGGCCAAGGUCAAAGUUCGUGUGGAAUGCCCUCGAGGCCGUCACCAUGACGACAUUGAGAUCUUGACAGCGCAGGCCUGCCGCUGUGACAUGUGUCGCAAGUCCCGUUACUGAGCCUCCACAGCAACAGCGGCCUGGCCUGCUUUACAUCACAGAACAUACAGCACAGAGAGAGAGAGAGAGAGAGAGAGAGAGAGAGAGAGCAGCACAUUUCU